CAGAGUUGUAGUUGGAGCAGCAGCAGCCUUGUCGCUGGUCUCAGUCUCUGAUUGUUUCAUAGAUCAUGUUUUAAUUAAACCGUGAGAACGUCACGAUAACAGAUGAAUGACUCAUAGAUCAUAUUUUAAUUUGUCUUUAGCUCUCUGGGUUUUAAAAGCCUCGGUGUCCUGGACUUCCUGUAAGUCUUCCAUGAAGACCUCCUCAUCGAUGGCUACAGUCUCGUCUAAAAUCUCUGCUGCUCUGCCCCCUAAUGAGGAACAGUUCCCUCUGCAGUUCAGUGGCACGGUGGAGUCAAGCGUGGUGGACGUGUUGAAGCGCUCCAGGCGGCAGCUGUACGGCGACACCGCGAGCACCAGUCUCUCACUCUGGGCUCAGAUCAUUCUGGAUGUGUCAUGGGAGAAGCUCAACACGGGAACGUGGCGCCACGUGGACAAAGAGUGGAGGCGUGUUUAUUCGUACGGCUGCCUGUUCAAAGUGGCCGCUCUGUGCCGCGAUGGGCCAUCAGAGAACGAGGUCCUGCAGGCAGUUCGGACUUGUGACAUGGGUUUGCUCAUGGGUGCGGCCGUCCUGGAUAACAUACUUCAGGUUCUAGUUGGGAUUCUGCAGGACGAGGUCAGGAAGUCGUCGAAAGAAGAAGAUGAACCAGCUGAGGUGAAGAGACUGAAGCUCGAGCGGCCAGAUGUUCCUGUGAUCAGACCAGAGUUUGCGAUUCCCAGGGUGAAGUGUCCGUCGCUGGAGAGCUUCAACACAAACCAGCUGCUGCCCCUCAAACCAGUGAUUUUAGAAGGGAUCAUUGACCACUGGCCUGCACUUAAUGGACACCGCUGGAGCAUAGAAUACCUGAGGUCCGUGGCCGGCUGUCGGACCGUUCCCGUGGAGGUGGGAUCCAGGUACACGGACGAGGCAUGGUCCCAAACUCUAAUUACGGUCAAUGAAUUCAUCGAUCGAUAUAUUAUGAAUAAAGAUGGAGGGACGGGUUUGGGUUAUCUGGCUCAACACCAGCUUUUUGAUCAGAUACCAGAGCUGAAGGAAGACAUCCGUCUCCCUGAUUAUUGCUGUCUUGGUGAGGAAGAUGAAGACAACAUUACAGUGAACGCAUGGUUUGGACCUGGAGGCACAGUGUCUCCUCUUCACCAAGACCCGCAACAGAACUUCCUGGCUCAGGUUGUGGGGAGCAAAUACAUUCGCCUGUAUUCCCCGGAGGACACGGACAAGCUGUACCCUCAUCAAUCACAGCUGCUUCGCAAUACAAGUCAGGUGGAGGUGGAGAAUCCAGACACGGAGCGGUUCCCGGAAUUUGCCAAAGCUCCAUAUCUGGAAUGCGUGCUGCGGCCCGGAGACGUGCUGUUCAUCCCUGUCCAACACUGGCAUUACGUCCGCUCCUUGGAGCUCAGCUUCUCCGUCAGCUUCUGGUGGUCGUGAAUAUCCGAUUCCAUGAUCGUAAUAAAUUAUAUAUUGUUUAUUUA